ACCAAGAUGACGGAUCCGGCUAUAGGAUCCUCAUCUCCGGACUGGGCAUGUCUUAUAUCGGCUGGACGUAUACCCAACUCGAAUGUGGAACCGGAAGAGACUAUAAUACCUACGGAUAACUUACCAUCGGAACAGACAUUGGCAUCGGAACAGGCAUUGGAACAUGAUACAAUUGGCGAGGCGAAUUUGGGGGCACAGAUGUCCCCCUAUGCCCCAGUUUUCUACCCGACCGGAUCAUACGCGGCGCAACUGUUGGCUCAAGAGCAGGCGGCCCAGUUGCAUUCACGUAUUCUGCCGCCACGUCACUUCGAGCCUGGAAUGGAUAGCAUCUUCUAUAGUACAGCAGUGGCGGCAGGAUACAGCCCCCGGCCCAAUCGUGAACAGCAACACCAACACCAACAGCAUCGCCCGAUCCCGGAGCCGGAUAACGAUCCGGAACCGAACCAGAACAGCUUCGGAUUGGGUAUGGGUCCCAGCACCAGUGGAAUAGGCAGAGCAGCCACUGGCACUACUCUCAUCGAUCAGGACAAUAGAUUAGACUACAGACCACUUUCCCGGAUGGGCCUACGCCCGAUUCGUUCGCCCGGCCAGGAGCUGCGUUGCGCCGUGGAAGCAGCCGCCGGACUGCCGCCGGGAGCCAUUGGCGCCGAAGUCGAGGCCAUGGAAAGGGCCAUGGAGCGGGAGCGCCAGGAUUCGCCGGCCUCUGCCUGGGCUCCGUACUCGUAUGCCAAUCCUGUUGUGAUUGUGGGCGACAAUCUGAAUGAUCAACAGUCGCCGGAGUCACCGGACGCCACCUCAGGGAACUCGACAGAUACCGCCACCGAGCAAGUAGCCAGCGGUGCUACCGAUGAUCUGCCAGGACAUUCCAACAUGUAUGGCAACGCCAAUGCUAAUGACUUUCCGCCCUUCGAUCUGUUUGCCGGGCAGCUGGACCAUGUCGGAGUGCCACGCGACGACUACAUAGCCACUCUGCGCAACUUGCUGAUCCGCGCCAACGACAUGCUGGCACCGCUGCUCCAGGGACCCUUCACCAACAUGUCCCCCACCCAGAUAGCCGCCUACACCGCUGCCAUACUCGAUACGCCACCAUUGCAUCCGAGUCUCUUCAUGCCAGGGAAUAUGGCACGCUCUUGGGCAGGAGCCUCUGGUAUUGAUCUUCCGCCCUUUCAUCCUCACAGCUUGACCCCACAGGACUUGGCCACGAUUCUGGCUCUGCCCAAAGGAGUCGAUGUGGGCACCCAGACUGACUUCCGCUGCGUAUGCAUGAACCUCCCCGCCGGACAGGGCCCUGGAGCCGCCGGACUGGGCUUAGGAGGAAAUCCUCUGCAGGCUGGACAGCCGACUGCCGGACCACACGUACCCGGAGUCCACUAUUCCUACGACAUGAACUUGAAUGCAUCGCGCCUAGGGACACCAGUUGGAACGCCUGGCAGCCCGAUGGCCACACCGGCCGCCUUCGCCACCGGAUCACCAAUUCCACAGGCCAACAAUGGACCUACGACACAUGGCUCGCUCGGAUUUUGGGGCAGACCCUUGCCCAUGGCCAUGCAUCCGCAUCAGGUGGGCACCCCGACACCGCCUCCGUUUCAUACGACGCAUCCGCAUGCCGCCUUUCCACAUCCGGGACCACAUGCCCAAAUGGCCUACCCGCAGGUCGCAACACAUCCGCACCAGCUGGGCGGGGCCGUACGUUAUCAGGAGACGGGCGCAGGACGCUAUGGCUACCGCGUGGGACACUUUAGUCCGGCGCCUCCUUGUCGCUACGGAGCCAUCGGCAACGGACGUACUACCAGCCGUCCUGCCAGCAACCUGACAACCUCUACCAUCUCUGUGCUCCGAUCCAUCGGAGCGGGAGCUCAGGUAGCAGACCAACAACCUUCGCCCCUCAUCCAACAGAUGACCCAGCAGCGCCUGGACGAGAUCGAACAGGAGCUGGAGAUGCAACUGCGAUUGGACUUGCAGCAGAACAGCGAUGCCGGCAGCAGCACGGAUGCAAGCAACAGUGGAACCGGAACUGGACGAACUGCAUCCCCCGCCGUCAAGGAGCCAGUUUCGCGCAACAAGAAGCCUCAGGAUUUAGCCAACAAUGAUCUCAGCGCCCGUUCAGUGGUCGGCGAAGAAGGAAACUCGACUGAAGACGGUGGCGAAGGCGACAUAGAAGACGGGGAAGGCACAGAGACCGAGUCCAGCUCGUCCAGUGCCAGUGAGCAGUCCAUUGUACGCCAUGGCUAUCGCUCGGAGGCGGCAAACGACGACCAGGACCAGGACCAGGAUCAGGAGAGCGAGGAAACUAGCGACAGCAGCUUCGAGGAGGAGGAGGAGGAGGCGGAAUCGCAAUCCGAGUCUGAAGACGGAGUCGACGAGGACGAAUCGGUAUCGGAAUCUGAAUCCGAGUCCGAAUCCGCAUACGACGAGGAGGAUGAGGACGAAUCCACCUCCGGAGAGGAAGAGGACACCACCGAGCCCAACACCGAGAAUGCGGAAUCCGAGGGAUUUGACACCGAACGUCGCCCAAAUCCGGCAACAAGCGGAUCCUCCGUCCAGGGCUCCCCCUCUGUGGUGAUGCCACAGUCGCCGCAACGUCGCUUCUGCUUCGGACAGGUUCAGUUCCUGGGCUACACUCUGCAGGAGAAUACCAUCCAGACUGGGCCGAGUCCCCGACUGCCGCACGCCUUUGGCGCCGCCUACUUGGAGCAUGGAGGCCCCCAGACGCCCAGAGAGCACUUGCCGUGCGCCCAGGUGAUGCCCCACAUCUUGCCAGCCAGUUUCGUGACCAUGCCGACGAUGGUCGAGGAGAUCGGCCAUUUGGGAGGACCGGUGACAGUGCCCAGCGUAGCCAGAGGAGUAGCCAGAGGAGCUACACCGCCGACCGGAGGAUCGGACAGCCAGACCACCACCAGCUCGUCCACUUCCUCGUCCAGUCGCUCGGCAUCGUCGCAGUCGCUGCUCAACGGGCCCAGCACCUCUCAGCACAUUCACACUCCCGGGCCGGACUUCAAUCCUCCACCCCUGCCCGAUCCGGCCAGUAACUUCCUGCGCGCCGCGGCCGCUGCCGCGACUCCACCGCCACCACCGCCGCAGAUGUUCUCGCUGCUGCAGGAGCGUCCCAUAGCCCCCAUCCUGUUCGAUGUCGGAGGCAGUCGCAGUCCCGCCGUCGGACCCCCCCAUGUCGUCAUCCAGAACGUGAACGGAAACCUGGGCCUGUUGAACGCCGCCCCCGUGAAUGGUCAUGGAGCCGGACUUGGCUCACCCAAUCGGCACCUGGGGAUGGCCUUCAAUGCCGGCGCUCCGUUGAGUCCCCAGUCCCUGCUGCCGCCCCACAUGCGAGCCGCACCCGUCAACCACCACGUGAACAUAAAUACCCUAAACAUCAACGUGAACCACUAUGUCGGCCCUGUGAGCCAUAUGAACCACCAUGGCCUGGGAAUGGGCAUGGGCAUGGGCAUGGCCGUUGGCAUGGGCGUAGGGGUAGGCGUAGGCGUAGGCGUAGGUAUGGGCGGGACGCAUAUGGUGCCUGUGCCGUUGUCGGUGAUCGCUGCCAAUCGCCUCCAGCAGGCGGGCGUUCCCCCGAAUCUAAUACCUCAGCCGCCAUCGCCACCUAGAUGCUAUACUUCUGCCUUGAACCGCAGCCACUCUCCGAAUUCGGGCCAGAAUCUUGCCCACAACCACAACCAGAACCUGAGCCAGGUUUUAACUCAAAAUCUGAACCAAGCAUUGAAUCAUAACAUCAAUCAUGUCCUGAAUCAUAACGUGAACCAAGCACUGCAUUCAACCCUGAACCCGAUCCUAGUUCCCAGACUGAAUAUCAAUCACACUGUGCCUGGUGUCCUGGAAGUGCCAACCCUCAAUGGAAAUGGACCGCAGCUGGUAGAAGUUCCACUUGAAGAGGCCCAGUCGAACGAAGCAGGAGGUGAACUUGGUGACGCUCCGAGACCUACAUCUGGACCUACACCUGAACCUACAACUGGACCUACACCGGAAUCUACACCUGAAUCUACACCUGGAGCUACACCUGAACCCACACCUGAAGCAGCUAUUCCGUCCUCGCCAGCCAGCUUGGCGACCCAAGCAGCUCAGGUGGUGGCAGCCACUUUUGGUGCUUCCAUUCCGCGUACUGAUGCAGAGACGAAGACCACUCCAUCCUAUGCAUCCAUGUUGCAGUAG